GAAAUAUGCUGAAUUAUUUGGGAAUCAGCUUGGAAAAACUUAAACAGUAGAACUGAAUAGAAAUAUUCUUCAUUGUCCCACUGUGGGUAGAUUCAGGCACAUCAGCAGCAAAACAAACUAUGCAGAAUAUGAAAUAUAAGAAUUAGAGACAUUACUGUAAGAGUAAAUUUAUAAUGCAAGGAAAAUACUAUCGUUAUUAAAAAUAGUAUUCAGAUCAGAAGGAAUGUGCAACUCAGAAUGAAAUUAAAAAAUUUGUUCAAGAUGUGUAUAUUUGUGCAUAUAAAACAAGAACAGAGUACAAUAAAUAGAAAACCUGUGAACAGAAGGAAUGUAAACAGUUCUUGAGUUUGUAAACUCCUGGGGAAAGGAUCUGCGAUAACGCUCGUUUGUGCAAUAAGCUGCUGUACCUUUUGAAUAAGUGACUAAUUUUUACUGAAUUUUAUAGUGUGCUACUUCUGAUUACGUUCUAAUAUUUUGAGCUGGAACAGAGCUUUGGGAUCAGAGGUGUUUAAGACCACAGGUGACCGACAUUAAAUGUAACACGGCUCAUAGUCUUUAAACCUCUGUGUGAAUCUUCAGCCAUUUAACUGUUUUUAUCCAACAAAGAAAUGCUAAAGCCACUUUAUCACCACCUCUAAAUCAGAUGUGUAUUUCCAGCAUGUUUGGAUCUUCCUCUCUCUCCUCCUGGCCGAUGCUCAGGUCUGCAGGAUGGCGUUUAGAGCUGCUCCAUCGUCUUCGCACAGCUGACUGCUCCCGGUCAUCAGUGCAGUCGGCUACAUAUUCGAUGUGACAUCUCCUUCCAUCCUCUAAUGAAUUUUUUAUGUCUGUUCCUCUCCCGCUGACACACAGACGGGCCUCGUAUCGGUUCUGUUCGGUAAACUGUGCCGUUCUAAAUGGCAGCGCUGCUCUGGAGUCUGGGCCUCCUCCUACUCUCUGCUGCGCUGUGGAUGCUACAGUCCACAGCUGUUGGGAAAUCAAUUUCCUUUCCAAAUUAUCAAUCCAGAAAAUUUGAAAAAACAAAACAGACCUGCAACGUAACUGCAACAACAUAAGUAGAUUAUUACUUUGACUUUUCCACAGUGGAGUCCAGGCGGCACCUUUCAAAUAUUUACAGGCCCUGAAUCGAGACAUGGCUGGAGAGAUUUAUUUAUUUUCAUGAUCAGAUUUAGUGAAUGAAAUUAACUAAAUUGAUGGUUUUCUAUGGUAAAGCAGCUUUAAAGGAAACUGAUUCUGUUUUCUGUUAAAGAAAUCAGUCAAUCCAACAGAUUUUCCUUCAACUGGAUUUCUGGUUCCAUGUUGGAUCUUUGAUUGGCCAGUCCAAGACCCAAUCCCUGCAUCUGUCCUUCCUUCCUGUUGUAGUUACUUCCUUCUUUCCUUUCUUAUCCUUCAUACUUUCCUUACUUUAGUCCCUUCCAUUCGUCCUUCCCAUCAUUACCUCUUCCUUCCUUCUUACCUUGAACCUUUUCUUUCUUCCUAUUUUAGUCUCAUCCUUCUUUCAUAUCUUAGCCCCUUUAUUCUGCAUCUUUCCUUCCUUCCUGUUAAUCCUUGUGUCCCUCCUUUCUUAUCCUCGUCUCUUUUUUCCUUCGUCUUCCUUCCUUCUUAGUCCCGUCCAUCUUCCUUCCCGUCAUCACUCCUUCCUUAUACUUUCCUUCCUAUGUCCCUCCAUUCAUAGCUUCCCAUCUUCUUUCUUCCUAUCUUUGUCCCCAUCUUCCUUUUUUCCUUCCAUGCCAUCUGCCACUACUGACUGGGAGUUUGAGAAAAGAGAAAGAGAAAGAGAGACAGAGAAGCUGAUCUAGGAGUACUUUCUAUGUUAAGGGAAAGUAGAAGCGUUCGUGGCCUAGUGACUCCUCUAGUUGUUUCGUCUUGGAGAGAAACCGAUGAUCUCUCAGUUACAGGCUGUAAAUAAAGAAGUAAACCAUUCAGCGUUCACCUUCCUUCAAACCAGCAGCUUUCCAUGUUUCUGUUUACUUUCUAAUUAUUCCAGCUGGAUAUGAGUGACUGUGCUGAGACUGGUGUCCCUGCUGUGAUUGGCUGAUUCAUCUCCCGUCUGCCUCCACCCAUUGGCCGGCUGCAGCAGGUUGGGAGGGGCAGCUCUGGGCAUCCUCCCCCUGCUCCUGUAGCUGAGCUUGUAAAUGUGAAGAGUCUUUCUCCGGCUUUUAUCCGAGUGACUUCAGCGUUCUGCCUCUGAGCGAGUGAGUGUGUGUGUCGGAAGGAGAGUUAAAGAGAGGAAGGAACGGAGAGAGGGAGGGAGAGCCAAGCGGCGUUUAUUUUUCUCCCCCCUGCUCCCUGUCACUCCAUCCUUCCUCCCCUGACCUGGACCACCCUCCAGUCCUGCUUCCAGCCCGAACCGGGACCCCCAUCCACCCGAACCGCCCCGGGUCCCUUUGACUCUCCUCACUUCUCCGUCCCACCAACCGCCACCCUGACAGAAAGCAAACACGCAGUCCAGCAGCAGACAAUCCGUGAUGAGCCGGCGGAAAGGCAAACGUCUCUGCUCGUAAAUACGUCCAUGUUCAAGAUUUACGGCUAGUAAUUCCAUCUCCAGAAGAAGCCUGGUCGAUUGCUUUUUGCACCUUUCCUGCAGUUCAUGCAGGAAACGCUGUGUGCAGCUCCGCAUGCAGAAUAUCCACAUAACACAGAAAUUCCUCUCUGGUUCUGUUUGGAGUGCUGACUGCUAAGACCUCAGCUUCACACAAUCCUUAAGCCCAGCUGUCAGCGGUAAUUUGGUCUAAAAACACCUCAGCUCAACAACAGCAGCAAAACAGAAAUCCAGUUGACCUCAUUCCAUCUGAGUUCUGGAGGUCACAGGUCACAUGACCUGGAAGAAAAAACCCAGGAGGCUUUUGGGAUCGCUCUCCGCAUGGGCUGGCUAUCAACCUGAAGGGAGGUCAAAAGGCUGAUGAACUGAGCGCAUUCAUCUGGUGUCCUGUAUGCCCUGGGAACCCUGCGCCCAGCACAAAUCAGGUGACUGGCUGGCUGGAAUAUCUCUGCUCUCCAUCUUCCUCUGAAACGUCCCGCUGCCCUGCCCAGCAUGGAGAACACCAAGGUCCAGUCAGAGGGCGGGCUGAAUGUCACCCUGACCAUCCGCCUCCUCAUGCACGGGAAAGAAGUGGGGAGUAUAAUCGGUAAGAAAGGAGAAACUGUGAAGAAAAUGCGUGAAGAGAGCGGAGCAAGAAUCAACAUUUCAGAGGGAAACUGUCCAGAGAGGAUCGUCACCAUCACUGGACCUACAGACACCAUUUUCAAGGCUUUCGCUAUGAUUGCCUAUAAAUUUGAGGAGGACAUAAUCAAUUCGAUGAGUAACAGUCCAGCCACCAGCAAGCCGCCCGUCACCUUGAGGCUCGUUGUGCCAGCCAGCCAGUGCGGCUCUCUCAUCGGGAAGGGCGGCUCCAAAAUCAAAGAGAUGAGAGAGUCCACAGGGGCCCAGGUUCAGGUGGCGGGGGACAUGCUGCCCAACUCCACCGAACGCGCCGUGACAAUCUCUGGAACCCCAGAAGCCAUCAUCCAGUGUGUCAAACAGAUCUGUGUGGUCAUGCUGGAGUCCCCACCAAAAGGUGCCACCAUCCCUUACCGCCCAAAGCCUGCCUCCACCCCAGUCAUCUUUUCAGGUGGCCAGGCCUACACGAUUCAGGGACAGUAUGCCAUCCCACACCCAGACCAGUUGACCAAGCUCCACCAGUUGGCUAUGCAGCAAACCCCCUUUACCCCCCUCGGACAGACCACCCCUGCUUUCCCUGGUUUGGAUGGCAGCCCACCAGCCAGCACCCACGAACUCACCAUUCCUAAUGAUCUAAUAGGCUGUAUUAUUGGACGCCAGGGAACCAAAAUAAAUGAGAUUCGACAGAUGUCUGGGGCGCAGAUCAAAAUCGCCAAUGCCAUGGAGGGCUCAUCAGAGCGGCAGAUAACCAUCACAGGGACCCCUGCAAACAUCAGCCUGGCUCAGUACCUCAUCAACGCCAGGUUCAGAGACGUGGCCGCCAUGUGGAACGACCCAUCGUCCAUGACUACAUCCUGAAGGCUCUAGCAUUAGCACCUCGAUUCCACUUUCACUGUUAGCUUGGAGCCAAUAAGUCCUUUGUUAAAGUUUGUUUUCUGCGUAUUGGUGUAAAAAUACUUUGACAUUUUGAGAAACAUGUUUAUCCUGCUGUUAAUGUAGAUAAAGAUACAAUUAGUCAUGCAUUAGCUUAGCCUCAGUUAGCAUUCCCAGUUAGCUUAGCAUCAGAAACAUCUAAACCAGAAACAUUUUGAAAUAAAAAUUUGUUUCAGUGACAACAAAACAUUUUUAAUUUUUAAAACCUUGAAAAGUGAGUUUAGAUGUUAUUAAAAAUGUCAAACUAUAUUUUAAACAUUUAUUUAGCAUGUAGCAUUUCAAAGAAGUCAUUUCUGUUGCUCAGUAUUAUCAUAGAUAAAAUGACAAAUUAUGUCAUUGUAUGCAUAAAGUAAAAAAAAUACUAUUUAAAAAGAGUAAAACGUGAAUAAAAGCCUUUUAAACGGCGGUUUAAUGCGGUUAGAGCGAUGUGAUGCUGCAUGGCCUCAUUAGGGUUUAACACGACGUCCAGCUGAUUUCACUGCAGAAUAACUUUCACUCUGAAAGUUUCUCUUUCACAGUUUUUUAUUUUUAUUUGUGUCUCCGCCCUCCCUGCACCUCGCCCGCCUCCCAUCCCUUGUUCUUCACCGUUUUCAGGCUGACGUCUGAAGUCACUGGAAUGGGCUCGCUCUAGUUUCCAUCCUCCUCCACGCAUCACAUGACCUCUGAGUUAACGGCAUUAAACGUGGUUUAUCGACCUCCGUUUGACCGUUCUGCUGUUUUAAAUCGAUAUUGUAAAGGUGUCGCUCUUACCUGAAGCUGUCUUUGCUUUUCUCAGAGCUCUGGACUCUUUUGCCUUCUUUUGUUUUUGUCGCUCUACGUUUCACAAACAUUUGCUCUGACGAGUUCUUGCUCAUUUUCUGAUCAUUUUCUGACGCAGUGAGUUGCUUGCAGAAGUUAUUGCCUGUUUGUCUCAGUCACGGUUUGCAUGACUCGGCAUUUCAGAUUUAUUUUAAAGUCAUGUGGAAAUGGAAGCUGGAACUGAAUACAUUUGUUAGAUUUUCAAGCCGAUCUGACAAAAAGCUGGAGAAUGAAGGUUUUUCAUGUAAAUGACGGCAGCAGAGAGUAAAAUUUGUUUCCACCUGUAGCCAUUUGUGUUCCUGACGCUGUAAUUUUACCUCUGUGCGCCUGGACCUGUGGGGAAGUCGGCUGCGUUGCGUUUGCAGGCCAGUGAAAUCUCUGGAGUCGUGUGGAUUUUCUUUUAGCUUCGUUGGAGCUCUGAGAAAUGAUUUCUUGCACAGAUUAUGUUUCUCUUCUGCAUGUUUUUAACUUUGCACCAUUUUCUAUUGUGAACAUUGAAGCAUAAAUCAGCUCCCAAAAAUAUAAAGUGUCAGUUUCAUUAGUGGCAGAGUGUUUUGUUCUCCUUUGAACAAAAGCAGAAUGACAAAAUAGUAUUUUCCAGUCAAAGCUGAAUGUACAGGAGGUUUAUUUUAAAUGCUACGUUUUAACUGGUUUGUUUGUAUUUUAGGAUAAUGUGGCUUAAAAAUUACACUGGAGAAACUGAUAAGUUUGAUUAUUGAUGUCCAUCCAUGGAUCUCCAGCAGCUAUUGGUAAAAACCUUCACAGAACCACAUCCUCACUACAUCCAGCCGCCAUCUUGGAACGUUUUGAUGCAUCCAUGUUCCGACUCCCGAAUAAAAUGGAUGCUUUACAGAACCAGCUAAAAUACAAAGGAGCUAAUUCAGGCUUUAGUUUCAGAUGUUGCAGUCAGAGUUGCUGACACAUAAUUUAAAUUCAGUGGUGGGCACCGCUAGCUAAAGAGUUAGCUAUCCAAAGGAACUAAUCAUAAACAUGAGUUCUGCUAACGCUAACGCACUACGACAAUACAGUAUCCUGUGGAAGCUAAUGCUAAAGCGCUAACAGACAGAGACAUGGCUCCUGUAUGAUUUAGUUUGAAAUAAAUUUAGUAAGGGGGAGAAAAAAAGGAGAAAACGUGAUGAACUUGCUGCGCAAACUUCAGAAUAAAAGCAUGAAUAUGAAAAUUUGUUAAAACACAAUAAAAACUUUGACACAAAAGUGUAACUUUAUCCAGCUGAAAGUUUACAAAAGAGUCAUAAUCUAUCUAGAAAAACAGAUGCAGGGGAAGCUAAGUGUGCUAAACGAUUUCAAUGUUUGCUAAAGUGCUAAAUGAAGAGCUAGCGCUCCUGUUAGCAGAAAUGUGCCCACCACUGCUGGCUGAUGACACGCCAUCUUUUAGCCCUGAUCAUUCAAUAUUCCUUAUUUGGUUUCACUCUGAUCAGAUCUGUCGUUUCAAUCACAUCUUGGUUUCUGUGCAAAAGGAAAAAAUAAUUAUAUGAAGUGAUUUUUGAAGGUAAUGAUUUGUAAUGUUAUGAUUAUGUUUUUGAUCAUUAAGAUCUCAGAUUUUUUCUGUACUGAGUUUGUCUGUAGUGUUUUGUAAAGGAGAGAUGAUAAGAAUAAAAACUGUUUGUUCUUUUCCUC